AUGCAAGUCUAUCUUUGCGCUCAGGUAGACUCGAAGCCACCUCAACCUUGUGGGUCAUCUCGUAGACAUGACGACCAAGAUGUUGUGACCUUCUGUUUGGUCGCAGUUUCCUUGUUUUCGCGACUUGGUCGCAGUGUCAAGACGACCUUGUGCGGCGUACCUGGUCCCGUGUCCUCUGCCAGAGAACUCGUGACUCGGUACAUUGGCCCCCGUUUCGCCGGCGUCGUCAGCGAGAGGCGCCAUCGUAGACACAAAGCUACAACUUUUCAAAGUGACAAUGCCACAUCUCUUUCGCCCCACCCCACUUCAUAUGGCCCACACACUUAUUCACACAAUUUUCUGCUCUCGUCUCCUCCAAAGUCGCCACAAGUGGGUCUUUUUUGCCCCUCCUUCUCCCACUUCACUUGUCAUUUGCUCGCUGCCAAGCGUCAAAAUCACCGUCCGAUUGUCUCAAAUCUGGACGCCAGAAAACCCUCAAUUCUCGUCCCAGAUUACGCCAUGUUCGAGGAAUUGGAGCGGAUGAUGCCCACAUCCAUGCCAAUGCCAGUGUCUGGGAGUCUUCCUCUCCCUAGGCUUCGAAACCAUGACUUUUCUUCAUUCCCACACACAUUUUGCCCCAUCCUUCGGGGCUGUGUGUCUGGCUUGAAGCAUAACCGCCGGUGUGAAAAUGAACCACUUACAUUUUUUCCACUCAAUCGCGAAAAUCAUACUCCCCUCGUCCUUCAGGUUGACAUUCGCAUCUAA